AGGAAUUGGUUGUCAAAAAUCAAAAUCAAACAAACUAUAUUCAUAGGAAUUGUCUAUCCUUAGAUCAUUCAAUCAUGGUUUAUGGCCCAAAACAAAACUUGAGUCAAAUAUAAUAAAUACAAAUACAAUUUCUAUUUAGAAAUUUGAAAUCAAAUUUUCCUUUUUCUCCUAAAAAAUUCUUCCAACUUCAUCACUUUCCUAAAAAAAAAAAAGAAGUUCCUUUAAAACCGUUUCCUUUUUGUGACCUUUCCACGUAAUAAUACUUUUACUAUUAAUUUGCUACCAACGCCGACUCAAAAACUCUCUCUUUGACUUUUUUGAAACCAAACCAAACGCAAUCGGAGCAAACAACAACAGCAACAACGAUGAUGAUGACGACGACGACGAAGAGAGCAAGAACAACAACAAAGGUACAAAACAUGUUCAUCUCUUUAUGUAGACAAAGAUCCUUUCACAUUCUCAUCAUCAUCGCUGUUUUCUAUGUUCUUCUUUUCACUCUUGAAAUCCCUUUCGUUUUCAACAAAACCGCCGUCACUCGUUCCGAAAGAAACGCUUUAGAACAACAACAACAGCUUCAACCGAGUCAGAUAACUCAACUCACUCGCACCCGAAAAAAUCAUAAUUUGAUUCUAUCUGGAUUGGUACUAAACGACGCCGCAUUUGAUUCCGAAGUUUAUCAAUCAGCGUGUCAAGUUGGUAAAAGGGUUUGGGAAGAACUUCAAUUAGCGAAAACCCCAGUUCAAAAUCAAAACGGUGUCGUUUUGAAACCGGAGAAUUUAACCGGGUUAUGUCCUCGUUCGGUUUGGGUUACCGGGUCGGAUUUUGUUGGGAAUGGUAGUUUGAUGGUGAUUCCUUGUGGGUUGACUUUAGGGUCACAUAUAACGGUUGUUGGGAAACCGUUGAGAGAUAGGGAUGGGGAAAAGUCUCAGUUUGUGAUGGAAUUGCAGGGUUUGAAAACUGUUGAAGGUGAAGAGCCACCUAGGAUAUUGCAUUUCAAUCCUAGGUUGAAAGGUGAUUGGAAUGGUAAACCUGUUAUUGAGCUUAAUACUUGUUAUAGGAUGCAGUGGGGUACUUCUUUGCGUUGUGAUGGUUGGAAAUCUAGGGCUGAUCAAGAUACCGUUGAUGGACUGGUGAAGUGUGAGAAGUGGAUUGGGGGAGAAUCAGGAGAUGAUAGGCAAGCAGUGGAGUCGAAAUCAGAAUGGUGGUUGAAGAGACUCAUAGGUCGGACAAAAAAAGUAUCAGUUGAUUGGCCAUUCCCAUUUAACGAGAACAAGCUAUUUGUUCUUACUCUUAGCGCUGGAUUGGAGGGGUAUCAUUUUAAUGUUGAUGGGAGGCAUGUGGCCUCUUUUCCUUAUCGCACUGGCUUUACUCUUGAGGAUGCUACUGGACUCACUGUAAAAGGAAAUAUUGAUAUCCAUUCUAUAUUUGCUGCCUCCUUGCCUUCAACUCAUCCUAGUAUUUCGCCACAGCAGCACCUUGAUUUUUCAACCAGAUGGCGUGCCCCACCACUACCUGAAUUUGGCGUGGAACUGUUCAUCGGCAUCCUGUCAGCUGGAAACCAUUUUGCUGAGCGGAUGGCUGUGAGAAAGUCAUGGAUGCAGAAUAGCCUUAUCAAAUCUUCUGAAGUGGUUGCUCGUUUCUUUGUGGCACUGCACCAUAAAAUAGAAAUUAAUUCAGAGUUGAAGAAGGAAGCAGAAUUUUUCGGAGAUAUUGUUAUCGUUCCUUACAUGGAUAACUAUGACCUCGUUGUGUUGAAAACAGUGGCUAUAUGUGAAUAUGGGGUUCAUACAGUAGCUGCAGGGAACAUCAUGAAAGGUGAUGAUGACACAUUUGUGAGAGUGGACGCUGUUAUAAACGAAAUAAGGAAUGUUCCGGAUUCUAUGAGCUCUUAUAUUGGGAAUAUAAAUUAUUACCACAAACCCUUGCGCCAUGGUAAAUGGGCUGUGACAUAUGAGGAGUGGCCAGAAGAGGAUUACCCACCAUAUGCUAAUGGGCCGGGGUAUAUUCUGUCUUAUGAUAUUGCAAGCUACAUUGUUUCUGAAUUUGAGAAGCAUAAAUUAAGGUUGUUCAAAAUGGAAGAUGUGAGUAUGGGAAUGUGGGUAGAGAAAUUUAACAGCACAAAACCGGUACAUUAUUCGCAUAGCUUAAAGUUCUGCCAGUUUGGGUGUAUAGAAGGCUAUUACACAGCUCAUUACCAAUCUCCAAGGCAGAUGAUGUGCCUUUGGGAUAAAUUGCAGCGGCAUACAAAUCCUCAAUGCUGCAACAUGAGAUGACAAAGUGGUGUAUUAUACUCCAUCUUUGUAUUCAUUGAGGAACAAAGGAAACAAGUUUUGCAGUCAUAGCUUAGCUUUUGAAUAUUUGUAAAUACAGCAGGAGCUCAGAUAGAAACCUUAGCACUGUAUAAAUGGCCUUUUAAAUUCCAUUAUUUAUAUAUUCUUUUGAUAAGAAAAUUUCAUUACUUAUUGUUAUACCUUAGGUACUGUUUUGAA